AUGAGUAGUGUUAACCACUCUCUCCGUCAUUCAAAGCUACCGCCGCAUUUCCUUGGUCUCAACUCGGUUGAAGUCGCUGCUCCCUCCAAGGUCAGAGACUUUGUCAGGGACCAUGGUGGCCACUCGGUCAUCACGAGAGUGCUGAUCGCAAACAACGGUAUAGCUGCCGUGAAAGAAAUUCGUUCCGUCAGGAAAUGGGCGUAUGAAACGUUUGGUAACGAUAGAGCCAUUCAAUUUAUUGUUAUGGCUACCCCAGAGGAUCUUGAAGCUAAUGCUGAAUAUAUUCGAAUGGCUGACCAGUAUGUCAUGGUCCCAGGAGGAACUGCAAACAACAACUAUGCGAACGUCGACCUCAUUGUAGAAAUAGCAGAAUCUACUGAUGCUCAUGCUGUUUGGGCUGGUUGGGGUUUUGCCUCCGAAAAUCCCCAUUUGCCUGAGCAACUGGCCGCUUCUCCUAAGAAGAUUAUCUUCAUUGGCCCUCCGGGCUCUGCCAUGCGAUCUCUUGGUGACAAGAUUUCCUCUACUAUUGUCGCACAACAUGCUAAAGUCCCAUGUAUUCCUUGGUCAGGAACUGGUGUCGAUCAGGUUAUAAUCGACCCCGUAAGCAAUUUGGUUUCCGUUGAUGAAGAAACGUACGCCAAAGGAUGCUGUUCCGAUCCACAGGACGGUUUGGCAAAAGCCAAGGCUAUUGGUUUCCCUGUGAUGAUUAAAGCUUCCGAAGGUGGUGGUGGUAAAGGAAUUAGAAAAGUUGACAGGGAGGAAGAUUUUCUUUCUCUUUAUGAUCAAGCUGCUAAUGAAAUUCCAGGUUCCCCAAUUUUUAUCAUGAAGCUUGCUGGAGAUGCCAGGCAUUUGGAAGUUCAAUUACUUGCUGAUCAAUAUGGAACCAACAUCUCCCUUUUUGGAAGAGAUUGUUCCGUUCAAAGAAGACACCAAAAGAUCAUAGAAGAGGCACCAGUUACCAUUGCCAAACAAGACACUUUCAGGCAAAUGGAACAAGCCGCUGUCAGACUGGGUCAAUUGGUUGGAUACGUUUCUGCCGGUACCGUUGAGUAUCUAUAUUCACACGCUGAGGACAAGUUCUACUUCUUGGAACUGAACCCUCGUCUUCAAGUUGAGCAUCCAACCACAGAAAUGGCCACAGGUGUCAAUCUUCCAGUUGCCCAGUUGCUAAUUGCAAUGGGUAUUCCUUUGAAUAGAAUCAGAGAUAUCAGGGUACUUUACGGACUUGAACCAAAUGGCGCUACAGAAAUUGACUUUGAAUUCAAAACUGAAGAAAGCUUGAAGAGUCAAAGAAAACCCAUUCCAAAGGGUCACACUAUUGCAUGUCGUAUCACAUCUGAAGAUCCUGGUGAAGGUUUUAAGCCUUCUGGUGGUGCUCUAUAUGAGCUAAAUUUCAGAUCUUCUUCUAGCGUUUGGGGUUACUUCAGUGUAGGAAACAAAUCCUCAAUUCAUUCUUUCAGUGACUCUCAAUUUGGUCAUAUAUUCUCGUUUGGCGAAAACCGUCAAAUCGCCAGAAAAAAUAUGGUCGUCGCCUUGAAAGAGCUUUCUAUUCGUGGUGACUUUAGAACUACAAUUGAGUACUUAAUAAAACUGUUGGAAACAGCUGAUUUCGAGAACAACACCAUCACUACUGGUUGGUUGGACGAACUGAUCUCGAAGAAGCUGACUGCUGAAAGACCUGAUGAAACCACAGCAAUUUUAUGUGGUGCUGAAAAAGGUCAAAUCCCAGGCAAAGAACUUCUUCGUACUAUUUUCCCAAUUGAAUUUAUUUAUGAAGGAAAGAAGUACAAGUUUACUGUGGUUCAGGCUGCAUUUGACAAAUACAACGUCUUUGUCAACGGAUGUAUGAUUACUGUAAGUGUAACCCAUUUGAAGGAUGGCAGUUUAUUGGUAGCACUUGAUGGUAAAUCCCAUUCUGUCUAUUACUUGCAGGAAGAAGUCGGAAAUACUAGGUUGUCGGUGGAUGGUAAAUCUUGCAUUUUAGAAGUUGAGCAUGAGCCAACUGAACUUCGUACUCCAUCUCCAGGUAAACUUAUCAAAUAUCUUGUGGAACACGGUGAUCACGUCAAAAUUGGACAACCUUACGCUGAAGUUGAAGUAAUGAAGAUGUGUAUGCCUUUGGUCAGUCAGGAGAAUGGAACUAUCAGGUUAUUGAAGCAGCCAGGAUCUUCGGUUGCCGCUGGAGACAUCCUUGCUAUUCUUGCAUUGGAUGAUCCCAGCAAGGUGAAGCAUGCUUUGCCAUUCGAUGGUACAAUCCCUGAUAUGAAACAGCCAUUUAUCCAUAGCAACAAACCAGUUUAUAAGUUCAUUUCUCUUCUCUCCGUGCUGAAAAACAUUUUAGCAGGGUAUGAUAAUCAAGUUGUGAUGAACGAUACUCUGCAGAGUCUAUUGGAUGUGUUGAAGAACCCUGAACUUCCUUAUUCGGAAUGGAAUCAUUCGAUAUCUGCACUUCAUUCAAGGUUACCAAUUCAUUUGGACGAACAAUUGACCAGUUUGAUUGAGAGAUCGCAUCAACGUGGUGCAGACUUUCCAGCUAAGCACUUGCUCAAGCUUUUGGACAAGGAGCAGGCUGUUAAUCCUGAUCCACUUUUCUCCCAGGUCAUUGCGCCUCUUACUGCUGUUGCCAAAAGCUACGAACAUGGACUUGAAGUUCAUGAACACAAUGUAUUCGCCGAUUUGAUCACCCAAUACUACGACAUAGAGAGCUUGUUUGCCGAUAAAAGGGAGGAAGAUGUUAUUUUACAGCUACGUGAUGAGAACAAAUCGUCCCUUGACAAGGUCAUCGAUGUCGUCUUGUCACAUUCCAGAGUUGGAGCUAAGAACCAUUUAAUCAGAGCUAUUCUGGAAAUUUAUCAAACUAUCUGCCAAAAUGAUCUCCAAGCUGCAACCAUUUUGAAGAAACCUUUGAAAAAGAUUGUUGAGCUAGAUUCUAGAUUUACAGCAAAGGUUUCGUUAAAAGCUAGAGAGAUUUUGAUUCAAUGUUCCCUUCCCUCUAUCAAAGAACGUUCAGACCAGCUCGAGCAUAUCCUUCGAUCUUCAGUUGUACAAACUCAGUACGGAGAGAGCUUCAAUGGAAACUACAAACUGCCUAACUUGGACGUUAUACAAGACGUAAUUGAUUCCAAGUACAUUGUAUUCGAUGUUUUGACACAAUUUGUUGUUAGCCCAAACAAGUAUAUAUUUGCAGCAGCAGCCGAGGUGUAUCUGCGAAGAGCUUACAGGGCUUACUCGGUGAGAGAAGUUAAACAUCAUUUCGUAGGUGAUUCUGCUCUCCCAAUUGUGGAAUGGAAGUUCCAAUUGCCGCUGUUAUCAACAGCUGCUUACAAUUCCGUGCCUGAAGCUAUGAGAAACUCCUCCAGUAACCGAUCCUCUAUUUCAAUGGAUAGAGCAGUUUCUGUCUCCGAUUUGACCUUCAUGAUCAACAAGAAUGAUUCUCAACCUUUGAGAACAGGUAUCAUAAUUCCCACAAACCACUUAGAUGACAUUGAGGAGUCCUUGUCAUCUGCCAUUGAUGUCUUCCCUAAACGUCCACGUAACAAUGGACCAGCUCCUGACAGAACUAAUGUGGCUCCUGAGCAACCUACUAACGUAUGCAAUGUUUUCAUUGCCAAUGUUUCUGGCUACAACAGUGAGGCUGAGAUCGUUGACAAGAUUAGCAGCGUUCUUUCUGAGUUGAAAGACGACCUCAGGGCUAGUGGCGUUCGAAGAGUUACCUUUGUCUUGGGAGACAAGGUUGGAACUUAUCCAAAAUACUAUACCUUCAAAUUUCCAGACUAUUUUGAAGACGAGACAAUCCGUCACAUAGAGCCUGCUCUUGCGUUCCAGCUGGAACUAAGAAGAUUGUCCAAUUUCAAUAUUAAACCUGUUCCAACUGAGAAUAGAAAUAUUCAUGUGUAUGAGGCAGUUGCCAAAAAUACUUCAUGCAUUGACAGGAGAUUUUUUACUAGGGGUAUCAUCAGAACAAGCAGAAUCAGAGAGGAUGUGACUAUCUCUGAAUACCUUAUCAGCGAAGCUAAUCGUCUUAUGAGUGACAUUUUGGACGCUCUUGAGAUUAUUGAUACCUCCAACACUGAUUUGAACCAUAUAUUCAUCAAUUUCUCUGCUGUUUUCAAUGUCACGCCAGAUGACGUUGAAGCAGCGUUCGGUGGUUUCUUAGAAAGGUUUGGACGUAGGCUGUGGAGACUACGUGUUUCUGCUGCUGAAAUCCGUAUUAUGUGCACGGACCCUGAGACUGGUAUCCCAUUCCCACUUCGUGCUUUAAUUAACAACGUUUCAGGAUACGUUGUGAAAUCUGAAAUGUAUCAAGAGGUGAAAAAUGAUCAUGGGGAAUGGGUUUUCAAAAGUCUUGGUCCUACACCAGGUUCAAUGCACCUUAGACCAAUUUCAACACCAUACCCAACCAAAGAAUGGCUUCAACCAAAACGUUACAAAGCUCAUCUUAUGGGUACUACUUACGUGUAUGAUUUCCCUGAAUUAUUCCGUCAAGCUACGCUCUCCCAAUGGAAAAAAUACUCUCCUACUGCGAGAGUUCCUUCUGAUGUGUUUGUGGCCAAUGAAUUGAUCGUCGAUGAUUCAGGUGAACUAACUGAAGUAAGCAGAGAACCCGGCGCCAACGUUGUGGGUAUGGUGGCCUUCAAGGUAACCGCAAAAACUCCUGAGUAUCCACGCGGUCGCCAUUUCAUCAUAAUUGCUAAUGAUAUCACCUUCAAGAUCGGAUCCUUUGGCCCUCAAGAAGAUGAAUAUUUCAACAAGGCCACACAACUUGCAAGAAAAUUGGGCAUUCCUCGAAUUUAUCUGUCAGCCAACUCGGGUGCUAGAAUUGGAGUUGCUGAAGAACUUCUUCCAUUAUUCAAAGUAGCCUGGAAGGAAGAAGGUAAACCAAGCAAGGGAUUUGAAUACUUAUACCUCACAUCGGAAGAUCUUACUCUAUUGGAAAAGUCCGGAAAGUCUAACAGCGUUACCACUCAAAGAAUAGUUGAAGAAGGCGAAGAACGCCACGUUAUAACUGCCAUCAUUGGAGCUAGUGAUGGACUGGGUGUUGAAUGUCUAAGAGGUUCCGGUUUGAUCGCUGGUGCUACAUCUCGGGCGUACAAGGACAUCUUCACUAUCACAUUGGUCACCUGUAGAUCUGUUGGUAUUGGUGCUUACUUGGUCAGAUUGGGUCAACGAGCCAUUCAAAUUGAAGGACAACCAAUAAUUUUGACUGGUGCCCCUGCUAUUAAUAAGUUGUUGGGUAGGGAAGUGUACUCUUCCAACCUGCAACUUGGUGGUACCCAGAUUAUGUACAAGAACGGUGUUUCACACUUAACCGCCAAUGAUGAUCUCGCAGGUGUCGAAAAGAUUAUGGAUUGGUUAGCUUAUGUGCCUGCUAAGAGAAACAUGCCUGUUCCUAUUUUAGAAUCACUUCAUGACAAAUGGGACAGAGAUGUGGACUAUAAGCCUACAAGAAAUGAGCCGUACGACGUCAGAUGGAUGAUCAGUGGACGUGAAACUCCUGAUGGUGAGUUCGAAUCUGGAUUGUUUGACUCUGGGUCCUUCACUGAAACUUUGAGUGGAUGGGCUAAAGGUGUAGUCGUCGGAAGAGCCCGUUUAGGUGGUAUUCCUAUGGGAGUCAUUGGUGUUGAAACUAGAGUCACAGAAAACCUGAUUCCAGCUGAUCCCGCCAAUCCAGACUCAACCGAAAUGAUGAUUCAAGAAGCUGGUCAAGUCUGGUACCCUAACAGUGCCUUCAAGACUGCACAAGCUAUCAACGAUUUCAACAAUGGUGAACAGCUACCCUUGAUGAUUUUGGCCAACUGGAGAGGUUUCUCUGGUGGUCAAAGAGACAUGUACAAUGAAGUUUUGAAAUACGGUUCUUUCAUUGUGGAUGCUUUAGUCGACUUCAAGCAGCCUAUCUUCACUUACAUUCCUCCCACUGCUGAGUUGAGAGGUGGAUCUUGGGUUGUUGUAGACCCUACCAUCAAUGAAGACAUGAUGGAAAUGUAUGCAGACGUCGAAUCAAGAGCAGGUGUUUUGGAACCAGAAGGUAUGGUAGGUAUCAAAUACCGUAAGGACAAACUCCUUGCUACUAUGGAACGAUUGGAUGCCAAAUAUGCUGAGCUUAAAUCCAAGGUUAGCGAUACUAGUCUUUCAGAAAAGGAUGUUUCCGAGAUCAAGAAACAAAUUGAGCAGAGAGAGAAGCAAUUGUUGCCAAUUUAUGCACAAAUCUCUAUUCAAUUUGCUGAUCUUCAUGACAGAUCUGGUCGUAUGUUGGCCAAGGGUGUCAUUAAAAAGGAACUGGAAUGGGUUAAUUCUCGUCGUUUCUUCUUCUGGAGAGUCCGUCGUCGUUUGAACGAGGAAUACCUCAUUAAGCGUAUUACCGAAUUCCUAUCUGCUUCUGCUACCAGAUUGGACAAGAUCUCGAGGAUCAAUUCUUGGUUGCCAACAUCGAUUGAUUUGGAAGAUGACCAGAAGGUUGCCAUUUGGUUGGAAGAAAACCGUAAAGCUCUUGACGCCAAUAUCAAGGAGCUCAGGGCUGAGCAUGUUAGAAGAACUCUGGCUACUCUUGUCAGAACUGAUAUGGAUACUACUUCCAAGAGUUUGGCUGAAUUGAUCAACCUUCUUCCUGAAACCGAAAAGGAAUCAAUUUUAUCUAAGAUCAAGUCAUAG